AUGUAAAAAAUUUCAGAAAGUUAUGAAUAAUAAAAACUUAACCUUUUAUUAUCAUUAUUAUUUUCAAUUCAGAAAAGUUAAAAGAAUUGUUAUUACAGACCUCUACUUGAAAAGUUCAAAGAAUUUAAUGAACAAUGUUAAUUGAUGAUUAUAAUUGGUUUGGGACCUGUAAUAGAUAAAAUAAAAUCAGAAGUUACUAUUCCAGAGGAGUUGUCGGAAUAUUUAAAUUAUGUAACCUAAGAAAAUAAAAAGAAAGUAAAUAAUCAAUUUGUAGCAAUUCUAGCUCAAAAUGAAUUGACUUUUUGUGUUUCUUCAUAAGCAGCUAAGAUAAUAUAUCAUUUGUUGACUGAAAAAUCGAAAAUAACUGAAACUGUUGUUGAUAAUUUGCUAAAAGCUAUUGAAAGCGAAGAUUAUCUAACUUAAUUAUUUGCAGCUAAAGCAUUAUCAGAAGUUUUAGAAUAUGAAGAUAAAAUAAUUUUAAAAGUAUAAGAUAAAGUAGAUCCAAAAUAUCAAACAGAGUUCUCUCUUUAUUGUAAUUUAAUCUACAUAAAUGCAUUAAACAUAAAAUCUAUCAAAUUUGCUAUCAAUGAAAUACACAUUUAAAGACUUUCACGUUUAUUUCCCUUUUAAGAAAUAAUUAUUUAAGAUGAAAAACCUUUAAAUAUCGAACAGACAAUAUUGAUAAUUUUUUCUAAUUAAUCAAAUUUACAAUAAUAAGAAUUUGAUACUUAAGUAUUUGAAAUAUUUAACUAAUUAUUUAAUACAAAUUAAGAUAUAAAAAAAGCACUCGAUAUUAUUUACAAUUAUACAAAAAACAAAAACAAAAUAUUUAUUCCUUAGGAAACUAUUUUUGCUAUAGAAAAUUAAUUAGAUAUUGCAGAUGAUAAUGCAAAUAACGAUUAAAAAUUUAGUAAUAAACAAAUAUGCUUUAAAAUCCUUAAAAAAAUCAUUAAAAAAGGUAAAAAAGUGAGUGAGAAAACUUUAGAAUAUUUAUUAUCAAAUCUUGAUGAAGAUGAAGCAUAAUAUAAAAAGGCAUAUAAAAUUUUAGAAUAAGUUGAACUUAAUUAAGAAUUGUCAGAAAAAGUAUUUACAGUGUUAUAAAUGGAAAGAGUUGGUUAUGUUCUGAAAGAACAAAAAUAAGAUGAAAAUGANAUCAUUAUUAUUUUCAAUUCAGAAAAGUUAAAAGAAUUGUUAUUACAGACCUCUACUUGAAAAGUUCAAAGAAUUUAAUGAACAAUGUUAAUUGAUGAUUAUAAUUGGUUUGGGACCUGUAAUAGAUAAAAUAAAAUCAGAAGUUACUAUUCCAGAGGAGUUGUCGGAAUAUUUAAAUUAUGUAACCUAAGAAAAUAAAAAGAAAGUAAAUAAUCAAUUUGUAGCAAUUCUAGCUCAAAAUGAAUUGACUUUUUGUGUUUCUUCAUAAGCAGCUAAGAUAAUAUAUCAUUUGUUGACUGAAAAAUCGAAAAUAACUGAAACUGUUGUUGAUAAUUUGCUAAAAGCUAUUGAAAGCGAAGAUUAUCUAACUUAAUUAUUUGCAGCUAAAGCAUUAUCAGAAGUUUUAGAAUAUGAAGAUAAAAUACUUUUAAAAGUAUAAGAUAAAGUAGAUCCAAAAUAUCAAACAGAGUUCUCUCUUUAUUGUAAUUUAAUCUACAUAAAUGCAUUAAACAUAAAAUCUAUCAAAUUUGCUAUCAAUGAAAUACACAUUUAAAGACUUUCACGUUUAUUUCCCUUUUAAGAAAUAAUUAUUUAAGAUGAAAAACCUUUAAAUAUCGAACAGACAAUAUUGAUAAUUUUUUCUAAUUAAUCAAAUUUACAAUAAUAAGAAUUUGAUACUUAAGUAUUUGAAAUAUUUAACUAAUUAUUUAAUACAAAUUAAGAUAUAAAAAAAGCACUCGAUAUUAUUUACAAUUACACAAAAAACAAAAACAAAAUAUUUAUUCCUUAGGAAACUAUUUUUGCUAUAGAAAAUUAAUUAGAUAUUGCAGAUGAUAAUGCAAAUAACGAUUAAAAAUUUAGUAAUAAACAAAUAUGCUUUAAAAUCCUUAAAAAAAUCAUUAAAAAAGGUAAAAAAGUGAGUGAGAAAACUUUAGAAUAUUUAUUAUCAAAUCUUGAUGAAGAUGAAGCAUAAUAUAAAAAGGCAUAUAAAAUUUUAGAAUAAGUUGAACUUAAUUAAGAAUUGUCAGAAAAAGUAUUUACAGUGUUAUAAAUGGAAAGAGUUGGUUAUGUUCUGAAAGAACAAAAAUAAGAUGAAAAUGACAUUAAUCCUCUUGUACCAUUUGUUAUCAAAAGUUGCCAAAUUAGGUUGGUUAUAAAAUCAAAUAAUUGA